CCAUUUACUCACGUCCGCCAUGGUCUGUCAUCCAUCGUACUAAGCCAGCAGUCAAAGUGUCAAACACACACUCUCCUCAGAAGCGAUCGAGGUUGCUUCGUCCGCUCCGCAUCUGGCCCUAGCCUCCCCUCCCAGUCCUCCAAUCCCGAGCUCCACCAUAGAACCUAAUUCUCCUCAGGGCCGAUCUCUGCCAAACAGAUGGAGGCCGGCCGUAGUAGUAGGAGUACGGCUACCCGGAAGAGGAAGUCAGCCGCACUCGAGGUCGAGCGCUAUCCGGCUCCGGCACCACCGGCGGCACCGCCCGAUCCCGGAGCAGCUGAACACGAUGGAUGCGGAGACGGACGAGAUCUCCACCACAUCAGAAACCUCAGCGACCUCCCCGACGACAUGCUCCGUAAGAUUAUCUCGCUCCUCCCCAUCAAGGAACGCGGCCGCACGCAGAUCCUCGCGAGACGCUGGCGUCCCCUUUGGCGCUCUCUUCCUCUCAACAUCGAUUGUGAUGAUAUGGUCCAUUCUAAUAAUGGUAAACUCGGUGAUGUCUUACAACGCAUAAUUUCCUCCCACCAAGGCGUCUGCCACCGCUUCUGCAUUCGCCCAGAAUUGUCCACGGACAUAGACAACGAUGCUGCCGUGGACGCCUGUCUCCUGUCCUCCACUCUGGAUAAACUCAAGGAGCUUGAGUUCUACCGUCGGCGGUGGCACAACUGGCAGCCGAUGCCGGUGCCGGCAUUAAUCUUCCGCUUCUCGCCCACCCUCUGUGUUGCCGAAUUCGGACAUUUCACACUCACGGACGACGCACUUCAGGGGAUUCACUUCCCCCAGCUUAAGAAGCUCGUUCUUCAUUAUGUUUACCUCUCGGACUUCUCACUCAACAGCAUGAUUGCCGGCAGCCCUUCUCUCGAGUUCUUGCUAAUUAUUCGGUGCACUGGAGCCCGUCGUCUCCGGAUCAAUUCGUUUACCCUUACAACCAUUGCAGUCGAUAAUCAUUCGCCAGAUCCAUCCAUAGAGGAACUCGUAAUCGAGAGUGCCCCUCAUCUUUAAACAUUGAUCCAUCUUGAUCACAACCAUGAUUUGCAUGUAGCCGCGCUUUCCGUGCCUAAGUUGGACACCCUAGGUUGUACCAACUCCACCAGGCUCGUGUUGGGUUCCACAGAUAUUCGUCAUCAUCAGGUAGCUGAUGAUCUUCUUCAUUUAUCUUUUAUUGUCGUCAACCUUCUAAUAAAUUGCAUUUCACUGCAUAUAUACAUAAAUUACCUAUAUUACGGUCUAAUGUUUUGGAUUUCAUGCUUUGAUGAAGGGACCGCGCAUUCGUGGUCUUGCAACAGUGGCGUGCAAAAUCAAGUGUUUGGUUCUUGGUAUGGCUACUCUUAAUUUGGACAUGGUUAUUGAAUUGAUGACAACCUUUCCGUGCUUGGAGAAGUUGUACAUUCAGUGCCAGAAAUCAUGGAAAAACAAUUUGUGGCGUCGUAAAUACCGGGGUCUCAUUACCAGCACAUGUUUUGACAUCCAUCUGAAAACAAUAGUAUUGGAUUAUUAUCCGGGCACAAAAUCUGACAUUGAUUUUGUUACUUUUUUCGUGCUCAAUGCUAGAUUGCUUGAAAGGAUGAAACUUAUAGUAAAGAGGAACGAUGAUAUGUUCGUGGCAAUACACCGUCAUAGGCUUCAACUAAUGAACAGGGCUUCACAUGGUGCUCAUAUUAAUUUUCGACGCAAGGAUUCGGAUGUGUGUAUCAGUAACAUGUACAAUUUUUGUAUACAGGAAAAUAUUUUAAAUUUGUAGCUGUUUACAUGCAAUUGUAAAACACUUGUUCUACUAGAAAUACAGCCAGCGACAUUAAAGUUACUAAGUAUGUAUGGCUCUAUCGGAUUGUUAUUUAUUCUGUCAA